AACAGUCUGAUGGACGGUCGGGUGAACUGUCAACUGUGUAACUGGGUUUGGUGUAUUUGAGUGAUUUGGAGGUUAUGUUUGUGUUUUUACUUCAACUUAAUAUUUUAAUUAUAUAGUAUAUUAUUUAAAAAUAAAAGUAAUUUAUUAUGUCAAAAGAUGGAUAUCAACUGUAUCUCCACCAAAAUAAUUCUUGUAGAUGUUGUGGAUUGGAGAAGAGUUCAGGCAUCGAUCUUCAAAAUUCUGAAAAUGAUAGAGCAGACAAAUUAUUGAGGAAUUUGUCACUUCUUCCAAAAAGAGUGAUAAGCAUUAAUCAAGCUGAUAAAUUAACAAAAUUUAUCUGUGUCGACUGUGAAAUGACUCUUCAUCACUUCAGUGAGUUUUGUGAAAUGAUAAAAAAAGUACAAAGAAAUCUCAAAUCACAGCUUAAACCUUCAACUACAGACAAAAUAAAAGAUAAAUCUCAAAAGAAGACUGACUGUCACGUGAGUGGGGUGUCGAGUGGAGGAACUACAGUUGUGAUAAGUGUCAGUGGGGAUGGGCAGAUCAAGUGUGAGGACUGCCAGAGCAACUUGGAGCCUGAUCAGCUGAUGACACUGCACAUGGUGACACACGGCCUUGGCUCUGUGUUGUGUAACUGCAAGCACUGUGGCCACCGCGACCACAUCGGCAACUUCCUCCAUCACAACAACAGCAUCGUCAAAUGCCCGCAGUGUCUGUUUGUAGGCUACCAAGACACCAAUGCCGUUGCGACCACUAGCAAUGCUGACCAAACCAAGAAGUCUACUGUCGGUGGAUUUGUCUGUGAAGUAUGCAAUACUAGAUUUAUGACAAAGUACCGAUACAAUCGGCACAAGCUGAUUCAUGUGGGCGUAAAACCUUUCCUGUGUGAAACCUGUGGCAUGAAAUUCAAUCAGAAACAGAGUCUGAAAUUCCACGUGAUGAAGCACGCCAAAGUGAACCCUCACUCUUGUCAGUGGUGCGGUCAAUCGUUUCGGUUCAAGGUUUCAUUACAGUCCCACAUUCUGAACAUUCACGGAAGUUUGUCCAAUGCUGUGACAAAGUAUGAGUGUGAUCAGUGCCACAAACAGUUCGCCACUGUGUACAAACUGCGGAGACAUUACAGGUUGCACACAGGAGACAGACCCUAUCAGUGUUCCAUUUGUAAUAAAGGCUUCUCUCAGACUGGGAACUUGAAAAACCACUUGAAAAAACACAAAUCUGACAACACUUUCCCAGAAACAUUUAAUACGGAUCAGUUGCUGGUGAAUGAUCAAAUAUUAGAAACUAUUCUAGACUCUUGUCCUCAGGGUAAAGAGUUCAUUGAUCUGGAUCAGCAGAGACAGCAGAACUACGGAUUAGUGAACGACAGUAAUGUUGAUAAACGGAAUGCCACAGAUCUUUUUUCAGAUUUCAAUCCUCAAGAUGUACUGUUUGAUAACACUCCUAUAUUACCCUCACCCACAGCAAACACGCCUAUUAUACUCCCGAAUUUCUCAAGUCUUCAAGGAGGCUCCUCUGAUAUUAAUUUGUAAAUAUGUCUGUUAUUAAAUUAUUUUGUUUUCCUA